AUGGCCCAGGACGGGUUUAGUCCAGACUGGGCUUAUGUACGGACAUGCUGGGACCUUAAUCUUGAUCCUUGGCCUCAGAUGCCAGGGGGAAAGAGCGAACGAGAGCGAGAGAGACUGGAAAGGGAUGAGGGAAGCUCUGAGCCGGAUGAAGAUGUUUUAUCCCAGAAGCUUUCACCUUACACCCAACCCCAUCCUCCCUCCCUCUCAUCCCCUCAGGGCCCUGGGGGAGCCAAUUCUGGUCCCUAUGCUUAUUUCCUCUGGUGGCUCCGGACCAGUUAUCAGACUUUACAAUCUGCAAGAAAUGUCUACUAUUUAAGAACUGCUGAAGGAGAAAUUGUCAGUCUGCCGUGCCACUCACCUCCUAAAGACAGUGUACAAGUUUCUGUAGAGUGGACAAAACAUAAUGAAAGCAGCACAACUAUUUGUAAAUGGAGUAUUAAGAACAAUACUGGAUCUAUCAUUGGAGAAUGCAUUCCUCGUUUCAAAUUCAACACCAAGUCUUUUACACUAAGUAUAGAAAAUGUUCAGUUCAGUGACUCAGGUACUUACAGCUGUAAAAUAACAAGAGUAAUUCCACCACCAUCAAUAGACGAUACCACAAAUUUGACACUCCAAGUUGCACCUUGUCCAGAUCUGCAGAAACUGAACAGCAGUAAUGACAGCUGUAUCCAUCUGCUCUGCUCUAUGGAGGGUCUGACGUCUGAGCUGGUGAACUUCACCUGGAGCAGAGAGGGUCAUGGGUCACUUCAUCCAUUCACAUCUAAUGCCAUGAACAGUGAGCUGCGUCUGUGUAAACCUGACUGGAGUGAUGGAGACAAAGUCACCUGUUACGCCAACUACUCGAGCACACAAACCCAAAGAAGUAUACAACUCACUUCACAGAAAGAUUCUUACAGAGGUGGGCCUUAA